AUGACUACGGCACAAAAAGAUAGAUUAUGUGAAGGAAUUGAAACUCAACAAAAACUUCAAGAAUUUUAUGCAAGAGAAAAUGGAAGAAAUGCAACAUUAAAGAGACACAAUACAAACCAUAGCCAUUUAAACUUAGAUAUGGAUGAAGAUUUAAACGAUUACGAUAAUGAUGAAGUUAAUAACGAUUUUCAACAAGUUAAUUAUGGUAGACCAAGAAAAAAAUUUGUAAAUAGAAAUGAAAUAGAUGAAAGAAUUAUAGUGAGAACAAUUACAAAUUCAAAUAUGAAUAUGAAUAGUAACAAUAAUCGCUCCCAACAACAAAAUCUCCAUCGUCAACAACAAAAAUCAAAUAAUAACAAUAAUGCUAAUAAUAAUAAUAAUAAUCAAACGAUAACAAUCUCAUCACAAGCUUUAAAAUAUGCAGCAGAAAAUCAUUUACAGCCUAUUAAAAUUGAAUGCAACCCAAAAUUAACGGAUCAGAAGCAAGCAGCUAAAUUGAUGGAUGCGUGGUGGAUAGAUAAAGAUGGAAAUUUAAAUGGCGUAACGAAACAAAUUGAUCUGUAUGUAUAUCUGUGUGAUUUAAAGCGUUAUCCAAAUGAAGUUGAUAAAAUAAAACUCACUCCUCACCCACCGAGACAUCUGCCACUGCAAAGAUCAACGUUAUUAAAGUGGGUAAAAAAUUCCGUCUCGUUGAAUGAAGUAAAAGAAGAAUUAGAAAAUAAAUUUAAGUCCAUAUACUCAGUUGAGGAUAUCAUUGGUACAAAAAAUAAUCGAAAUCGUCAUAUCCGUAUUGAUUUCUCCGAUGAAAGAGAAUACAUUGAUGUUCUAAAUAGUGGAAAAAUAUCAUUAUUUGGUCAAUUAUACGAUAUUGACGAGUACUUACCAGCUCCGAAAUUAUUGUUUUGUUCAAAAUGUAAUAAGCCAGGCCACAUUAAAAAAGUAUGUGUCAAUUCUCCUUUUGAAAUCUGUAGACGAUGUGGUGGGGACCGGAAUGAUGAAAAAGACCAUAAAACUUGCGAUGUUAAAUGUCACCAUUGCGAUGGAAACCAUACAUCUACUGAUUAUAGUUGUCCGAUUAUACAAGAAUAUCGUCGUCAACUUGUCUUCGAACUUCGUAAGCGCCCGGAUCUCCUUCCACCAGAAGCGCAACUAUUCAUCCCUUCUGAAUGUCGUGAAAACGGAGAAAACACAAAAGUUUUGGAAAAUAAAUCAGCAAAAUUCCAACAGCAGUUAAAAAAACAGCGGCAACACCUUCAACGAAAUUUCAAUUAUAACGACCUCAAUGCUUGGCCGUCUAUAUCUCCUUCACUGACUAAUACAACUACAACGAUGCAAAUAAAUACUAAUAUAAAUGGAACAAUUAAAACAUUAAGCGAUGAAUUACAAAAAUUAAAAUGGGAUUAUGUAGAUGAGCAGAGAAAAAUAGAAGAAAAGUAUAAAAAUCAUUUAAAUUUAUUAAAUCAAAGCUGGCUUAUUAUGCAACAACAAGUCCAGGCUCAAACUCAGAUGGUUACAACAAUGAACGGUGUAAUAAAUACGACGCUGUUUUCCACUUGCUCAAUCGCUAUGGAGACAUUAAGAACAGUUUUAGAUAAAAUCAAGACAGAAACUAAUAAGAAUGAAUGUGACGCCUUCAUCAAUCAAAUUCAACUACAAAUCUUAUUAUUAAACGAACAAAAAUCGGCCUAUUUCUCUCAUCAAACAAAAUUAGAACAAUUAUUAACCAAACAAAAAGAGGCAUUAGAUGUGGCUUUGAACACAAUAAUUCACCAACCAAAUGUUUAG